AUGUUCAAUCGUAAAAACUCCAACUUAUUAUUUUUGCCAAUGCCAAAACCAAUAAAAGAUUCAACUCCUGAUUACACAGAAAUUAGAACAGCUAGAAAUCAAUCUUUAGAAAAAUAACUGAGAAAAAUUAAGCAAAAAAUACCACCUAUUUAAACAGAUCGUCAUUACUCUAGUACUCAAGAUCUUUUAGAAAAGGUUUAAGAAUAAGUUCUAUAUAAAACAAGUAUUCUAAGUAGAAAAUCAUCAAAUGCAACAAUUUUACCAUAACCUAAAAAAAUAGAGCAAAAUUAGCAACAAUAAUAAUAGUUACAAGAUAGAAGAAACGAAAUUGAUUUUGUGUUAAAAAAACUAUUAAAUGCUCAAGCCAUUAUAAACGAUGAGCCUCAAUAAAUGAUAGAACCCAGAAUCUACAAUCCAUAUUUCCGCUCUCCAUCAGUCUUACCUUCGCACUUGAAAGAUACUUAUUUCGAUCCUGAUAAGUACUAAAAUUUUUAUGAUAAACUUUCCAAAAAUAAUCUAAAAGUUAAUCAUCAAGUUAGAGCUGCCAUACUUAAUUAUAGAAAAUAAAUAUCAUCCAAAUAAUAAAGAGUACCUAACUUCCUUAAAUUAGUAUAAUGA